AUGGAAGUGAACGAAGACAUCUCCAUCCUGCUGGACGCGCUACGCGGUGAAGUUGCGUUGGCGCAAAACGUCGAGUCUGACCUCUCCUAUGCCUUCCAACUCCAACUCCAAGAAGCUCUCACCGCAUCCCUCCCGGUCGACGCUGCUUCAUCCUCAAACCCAAUAACUAUACCAGACGAAGUCGUUUCCCAACCUAGUCUCCUGGACACCCUUGAAGAUGACCUUUUGAUAUUUGAACGGGAACUUCUCGACCAUUACGAAGCGGAGGAGGUGAUGAAGCGAUUCAAACUCGAUCUCGACCGUCAGGUCCACGAUCAUGCUUUUGCAUGUGAAAUUUCGAAUAUUCCGGAGGAUGAGUGGAUAAAAACGGGGGAUAAUUUAGAGAGGCCGUAUGGAGGAGGCUCGACGACUUCGAAUGGGCAGGAUUUUAACUUUAGGGUUUAUAUCAAGGGUUUGGUUGAUGAAAUGGCGGGUGGGAUUGGAGUGGCUAUAUGCGAUGGAAAUGAUGGCUUGGUAUUUGAGGUGAGCAAGGGUUUAAUUGGGAAUGACGGCGAAUUAAACACUAUGGUAGUUGAAGUGAAAGCAUUGAUUGAAGGGCUUGAAGUUGCUACAAUGCUGGGUUUGAAGAGACUUACCAUUGUUUGUGAUUGUAUUUUGCUGCAUCAAUUUAUAACAGGGAAAAACCACCAAAUGCAGGCAGAUGUUGCAUCAUUGGCUUCUCAGAUGAACCUUCUUCUGAGAGAAUUUGCUUAUUGUGACUCAUCUCUUGUGGCACACAAGGAUAUUAAGUUUGCAUUUGAACUUGCAAGGAAUGCAAUAGCCUCUCAGGUCAAUCGAUCUGUAGGAAAUAACAAUGGGAAGAAAAGGAUUGAGACUUGUGCAAUUUGCUUGGAAGAUAUAUAUGCAGAUCAAAUGUUCUUAAUUAGGGAUUGCCUCCACAGCUACUGCUUUACCUGUUUGUCCAAACAUGUCCAAUUUAAAUUGCUUCAGGGAAUGCUACCUAAAUGCCCAUAUGAGAAAUGUGAGUCUGAGCUGCAACUUGAAAGCUGCAAAACAUUUUUGACUCCUGAAUUAUUUGAUAUUAUGAGUAACCGUGUGAAGGAAGCAUCCGUUCCUGUGGCUGAGAAGAUUUACUGCCCAUAUCCUACUUGUUCUACUUUAUUUUCAAGAGCUGAGCUUCAAGGAUAUACAAUCGGUGUUAUCGAAGGAUUGGCGGCCAAAAAAUGCCCAAAAUGCCUUGGCAUUUUCUGUAUCAAUUGCAAAGUCCCCUGGCAUAGCAAUAUGAGUUGCGUUGCCUAUAAAACAUUGAACCCCUAUCCCUCUGGAGAAGAUCAGAAACUGAAGUCUUUGGCUACUAGGAAUCUCUGGCGUCAGUGUCCGAAAUGCAGUCAUAUGGUUUCACUUGCUGAGGGUUGCUACCACAUCUAUUGCAGAUGUGGACACGAGUUUUGUUACACGUGUGGAGCUGAAUGGAGAAACAAGAAAGCCACCUUCUUUUUGGUAGAGAUCAAUUGGAGUUUUUGGUCAACUUUGCUGAAACAGGAACUUUUGGUGGAUCCUGCAAUAAUCAGUGCCAUAGACGAGGAGACUGAAUUUAAUGCCUUAGUGGAACUUUUGGUGGAUCCUGCAAUAAUCAGUGCCAUAGACGAGGAGACUGAAUUUAAUGCCUUAGUGGAAGAAGAGGCUGCUAUGCUUGAAUCAUUACUUGGAAAAAGAUGA